AUGAGGUCCUUUUUAGUCAUCUUCGGUGCUCUCUAUCUUGCUGGCGCAACUGUCGACAAUGCUUUGAAGGGAUGCCCGCCGGCAAUGAACAGCAAGCACACUUUGGUUACGAAGAAUGGAACCGUAAAUCAAGAAGCUUUCAGAAGGUUGCUGAGCACCCCGUUGUGUGGUCUUUGUAGAGAAUUAAUGGAGGAUCUAAAGCCCAUAAUUGCAGAAACAGAAAUCACCGAAGAAGCCAUUAAAACAGCAGUCGAAGUGAGUUCUGCAGUAUGGUUGUAAAAAAACUUUUAGAGAGAAUGCGAGGAUACUUUUGGAUUCUUCAUUGGAUGGCGGUGCAAGUGGGCGUUUUUCGACAUCAUUCCGCUCAUAAUGACCCUUUUGAACCAACUCAACGAUAAGGAUAACAUUACUUACAUCUGCGAUACCAUUCAUUUGUGCUAA